UAUGGGUUGAAGUAAAUGGUGAUAAGUGUCCUGUUUCACCUGGAGAUUUUGAGUAUACUGUUACUAUUCCUAUUGAAACACACCCAGAAGACCCUAAGAAUACCACAAUCGGUUAUGAUUUUAUAUUUCAAA